GGCUCCCAGGGCCGGCAGCAGCGCGCCCCACAGCACAGCGGGAUCGCGACCCACACGGCAUGGGGGGCCCAGGCAGCCUCCUCCUUCUCCCCAUCCUCCUGCUGGGGGGCGCUGAGUCACGGUCGCACUCCCUGCAAUACUUCCUGACGGCCGUCUCGGAGUCCGGCCCAGGGGUGCCCGAGUUCACCGUGGCUGGCUACGUGGACGGGCAGCGCUUCGUGGAGUACGACAGCGAGACCCAGCAGAUGCAGGCCCGGGCACCCUGGAUGCAGGAGACCGAGCCUGAGGUCUGGGAGCGGGAGAACCGCGUCCACAAGGUGCGUCAGGCCUGCUUCCGGGGCAAGGUGCGGAGCCACAUGCACCUCUACAACCAGAGCAGGGGCUUCCACAUCUUCCAGUACGCCUAUGGCUGCGAGAUCCGGGCGGACGGCAGCACCGGGGGCUUCCGGCGCUUUGGCUACGACGGGGGCGACUUCCUGAUCUACGACGCCGCCCGGCACCGCUGGGAGGCUCCCGCCCGGGAGGCCGAGGCCACCCAGCGCCGGUGGAACGGGGACCCGGUCGCCCUGCAGUACUAUCGCCACUUCCUGGAGCGGGAGUGUGUCGAGGCCCUGCGCCGCUACCUGCAGCUCGGGCGGGGGGCUCUGGCCAGGCGGGAGCGCCCGGCCGUGCGGGUCACCGGCAGAGACGCCCCUGACGGCCCCACCACCCUCUGCUGCCGGGCCCACGGCUUUUACCCCCGGGACAUUGCCCUGAGCUGGCUGCGAAAGGGGGAGAGCAGAGAGCAGGAGACGUGGCGAGGGGGGAUCCUGCCCAACGGGGACGGGACCUACCACGCCUGGGCCACGGUGGAGCUCGACCCCCGGGAGAGAGGCCUGUACCGCUGCCAUGUGGAGCACGAGAGCCUGGCCCAGCCGCUCGUCGCCGUGUGGGAGUCGCCGUCCGAGUCGCUGCUGGUCCCGGUGGUGGCGGGCGUGAUCCUGGCCCUGGGGGCGGUCGCCGUGCUGGUCGGCCUGGCCUGGAGGAGGAGGCAGUCAGGGCCCAAGGCGGAUCUGUACUCGCCGGCGCCGGCCAGCGAGCAUGGAUCGGACAGCUCCAUCACCGCUCUAACGUAGCCGGUUGGAGCCGGAGGAGACUCCAGACUGUGAAGACGGACUGACCCAGGGGCUCCAGUCCCCCUGCCCCUCCUCAGUGUUAUCUCCCUGUUACUCCUUGCAUAGGGCCUCGGAGCUGUGCCUGGUGAACAGCCCCACGUCUCCUGAACCUCCCGCCUCCCUGGGACCCACUGCCGGGGGGUCGCCUGCCCCGUGCUCUGCAUGUCGGCCACGGGACGCGAACUGGGGAGCUCGGAUGGGCACGGCCGGCCCCAUUUGCUGUCUGGUUUAUUUAGAGUGUGAGCCCCUUGGGGCAGGGACUGCGGCCUCCUUAUCUCUGGGGUGCAUGGAGCCCCAUCCCAGCACCCACUGGAGAAGGGGGGAAGGGCCGGUCACGUGGGAAACCGUAAUUUUUGGCCUAAAACCGAACACUUCUGCCUGAAAACCACCAAAUUCCAUGUGGCGAAGCUACCGCAGUUGCCCAUGGGAGCUGGAGUUUGGGUGCCCCGUGCUCCCACUCUCUGUAGGCUCCCUCAGAGCAUCAUGGGAGUCCCUGUUGGUGGGAGCAGUGCAGUCUGGGAGCCAGGACUCCUGGGUCCUAUUCCCAGCUCUGCUGCUGGCUCGCUGUGAGGCCCUGAGUGAUUCCCCUCCCCGCUCUGUGCCUCAGUUUCCCUCUCUUGAAAACAGGGAGAAUACUUCCUGUCCUGCCGGGGGGGGGGGGGGGGGGGCUUG